CGCCCCCCCAUUUCCUCUUCUUCAUCUCCUGAUAUCCGACUUCCCUCUUCCUCAUCCCGUCCAUGGCAAUCGCCGACGAACACCCCUCCUCCUCCUCCCCCGUCGCCAUCCGCCAGGUCUGGUCCUGGAACCUCGACGCCGAGUUCGACCUCAUCCGCGACCUCGUCGACCGCUACCCCUUCGUCUCCAUGGACACCGAGUUCCCCGGCCUCGUCUUCCGACGCCCCCCUUCCUCCGACCCCCGCCGCCCCCGCCCCUCCGACCACUACCGCCUCCUCAAGUCCAACGUCGACGCCCUCUGCCUCAUCCAGGUCGGCCUCACCCUCUCCGACUCCCUCGGCAACCUCCCCGGCUUCAUCUGGGAGUUCAACUUCCGCGACUUCGACGCCUCCAGCGACCCCCACGCCCCGGACUCCAUCGACCUCCUCCGCCGCCAGGGCCUCGACUUCGAGCGCAACCGCGCCGAGGGGGUCGACUCCGCCCGGUUCGCCGAGCUGGUCAUGUCGUCCGGCCUCGUCUGCAACGACGCCGUGAGCUGGGUCACGUUCCACAGCGCCUACGACUUCGGGUACCUGGUCAAGGCCCUCACGCGCCGCGACCUCCCCGGCGAGCUCGCGGAGUUCCUCGCCGUCGUUCGGGUGUUCUUCGGGGACCGGGUGUACGACGUGAAGCACCUGAUGCGGUUCUGCCACAGCCUGCACGGCGGGCUGGACCGGGUCGCCACGGCGCUGGACUUGGACCGAGCGGUCGGGAAGUGCCACCAGGCCGGUUCCGACAGCCUGCUGACGUGGCAAGCGUUCAGGAAGAUUAGGGACGUCUACUUCGCGAACGACGGGCCGGAGAAGCACGCCGGCGUGUUGUAUGGGCUAGAGGUUUAUUAGGAUCAAUCCCCAUAUUCGAUUCAUUCUUUGGAAUUUGUAUCAAAUUUGUUCCUUCGUUUUGUGAGUAUCGUUUCGCA